UAUAUGUCUUACAUAUAUGUAUACACAAUAAUAUAUACGUAUAUGUGCUCCUGCAAUUUCAGAUGAGUAGGCAUUUGUGACGCCUUGUGUACAUUGAGUCAAAAGUAUUUUGUGCAAUAGAUGAAGUGGUCAUUAGAGCAACUUCAGAGUAUCUGUAAUGAGCUAAAAGACGAAAGAGAAAUCGGCAUUAUGAAAAAGUACGGGGACAACGCGAAACGUUAUACAGCUAUAUUUAUAUUGUUUCAUGUGAGCAAUUUAAUUGCUAUUGCUUCAGUGCCAUUUGUACUGUACAUUCUUGAUAUUACGAUCCUGCAUAUAAAUGAUGAAUACCAUCUAAGUCACAUGAUACAAAUGCUUCUUCCCAAGCACUUCGUUGGCCGAGAAAAUUAUUUCUAUCUGAUUUUUCUACAUUCGAGCGCAGCGGCUUGCAUAGGAGGCGUAGUGCUGAUAGCAACAGCAAUGAUGUGCAUAACAUACAUCAAACAUGCUUGUGGAAUGUUCAGAAUCGCUAGUUAUCGCAUUGAGAAGGCAGUAAAUAAGCUGAAAAAUGAUUACUUAAAAAACGAUGUUAUAAUAUAUAAAGAAAUAAUUGAAGCCGUUGAUAUUCAUCGUAAAGCUAUAAAGUUCACCGCACUUUUUUUUUCCGGUUUUCAGCAGUCGCGUUUCUUCUUAAUAAUAAUCGCUGUAAUUACUUUGAGCCUCAAUCUUUAUGGAGUUAGUUGA